CAUGGACCACGCUUCGUACAGAAUCAACAUUGGUUACGACUCGGGCCGACGCGUUGAACUGAAUUCUCCGGACACAUGCAGCAUUGAUUCUUGGCUUCUGCCGUUCUUCUAGCACCCUUUAGCGGCCGUCGUCUGUAUACACAAUUCAACCCAAGAGCCGAGGAUGCCUUUGCUGUAAGAAACCUUAGCACCGCUAUAGUUUACUCACACUAAUAGAUGAAAUUACCUCUUCAUCUUGGUUUGACGAGGAAAUCGUCUAUAUAAAGCCCUACAGCAUCUCGAAGACACAACCGCACCAGAGUCUUCAACAUUCCAAAGACAACUGAGUCUGGCUCGCAACCAUGAAGUUCUUCUCUCGUUUGCUCGCACCUCUUGCACUUCUAUCUUCUGUCGUCUCGGGGGCAGAUACCAAUGCUUGGAAGUCUCGUAACAUUUACUUCGUCCUGACCGACCGCAUCGCUCGCAGCAGCAGCGACAGCGGCGGUGGAUCAUGCAGCAACCUUGGAAACUACUGUGGUGGUACUUUCAAAGGACUCGAGUCCAAGUUGGAUUACAUCCAAGGACUUGGUUUUGACGCGAUCUGGAUUACACCAGUCGUUGCAAACAGCGCUGGCGGCUAUCACGGUUACUGGGCGCAAGAUCUCUACGGCAUCAACUCGAACUAUGGAACGGCAGAUGACCUCAAGAGCCUCGUCAAUUCUGCACAUGCCAAAGGAAUCUAUGUUAUGAUCGAUGUCGUAGCCAAUCACAUGGGCUUCGGCGCUAUUUCCGGUAAUCGACCAGAGCCACUGAAUCAAGAGAGUUCCUACCAUGCCGCUUGCGAUAUCAACUAUAAUGAUCAGAACAGCGUUGAGCAAUGUCGCAUCGCAAACCUUCCUGACCUGAACACCGGAAAGUCGGAAGUUCGAACUCUUCUGUACAACUGGGUCUCAUGGCUCGUCAAGGAGUACUCUUUUGACGGCGUCCGCAUUGACACUGUCAAACACGUCGAGAAGGACUUCUGGCCUGGUUUUGCUUCUGCUGCUGGCGUCUACUCGAUCGGUGAGGUUUGGGAUGGCAAUCCCGAUUACCUCGCGCCCUAUGCUUCUCUUAUGCCUGGUCUUCUCAACUAUGCCACCUACUACCCGAUGAACAACUUCUACCAGCAGAAGGGUAGCGCGCAAGACUUGGUCAACAUGUUCGACAGAGUCAGCAACCAGUUCCCAGACCCUUCCGCGCUCGGAACAUUCCUUGACAACCACGAUAAUAAGCGCUGGUUGAACCAGAAGAACGAUGUGUCUCUAUUCAAGAAUGCUUUGGCCUAUGUCAUCCUAUCGAGAGGUAUUCCCAUCGUCUACUACGGUAGCGAGCAAGGUUAUGCAGGCGGCGACGACCCCGCCAAUAGGGAGGAUCUCUGGCGCAGCAGCUUUAACACCAACGCCGAUCUCUACAAGGCCAUCUCCCGCCUCAGCGGUGCACGCAAAGCAGCUGGCGGUCUCGCAGGAAACGAUCACAAGCAUCUCUACGUCACUAACAACGCCUACGCAUGGAGUCGAGCAAACGGCAACCUCGUUGUCCUCACCACCAACACUGGCAGCGGUUCAAGCGGACAAUACUGCUUCAACACCCAGAAAGCCAACGGUCAAUGGACCAAUGUAUUCGGCAGCGGCACUUUCACCUCCGACGGAAGCGGCAACAUCUGCCUUACUGUCUCCAACGGUGAACCAGUCGUCCUCGUUGCAGGCGGCACCACCACAGCCGCGCCCACCGCAACACGCACUGACACUGGCUCUACGCUCGCAACCUCAGUCUGCCCGACAUCCGUUGCAGUAACGUUCAGCCAAAAGGUCACCACUACUUUCGGAGAAACCAUUAAGAUUGCCGGCAGCUCGACCGAGCUGGGCAGCUGGGAUACCAGCAAGGCUCCUGCGCUCUCCGCCUCUCAGUACACAUCGAGCAACCCCGUGUGGACUGGCACAAUCAAGCUUGCGGCAGGUAGCUCGGUGCAGUACAAGUUCAUCAAGGUGUCUAGUUCGGGGACAGUGACGUGGGAGAGCGAUCCCAAUAGGUCGUAUAAUGUACCUGCGUGCCAGAGCAGCAGCACGGUGACCAGUGACUGGCGCUGAUUCGGCGAGCUGAGAUGUCAUGAGAGAAAAAUUGAAUGAGAUGAGAAGGAUCAUGUAUUGUUGUUCCACUAUGAAUCAGAGAAAUUAUGAGGUAGAUUUGUAUUCCAGACUGAGGUUGCCGAUCUGCAACACUUUUAUAAAUGGU